GAGAAGAUUCAUCAAGCUUUCAAUAGGUAUCAACUGAACUCAAAAUAACUUGCAAAAUAAAUCUAUCAUGUCUCCAUUCGGCUUCCACACCCCCUCCGAAGAGGUCGCCAAAGCCUUCGCAGAUCGCAUCAAAGGGCGCACAUUCCUAAUCACAGGAACCAGCGCCAAAGGCCUCGGCGGCCAAGCUGCCAUAACCCUCUCCCGCGAAUCUCCCUCCAACAUCAUUCUCGUGAGCCGUAGUAAGCCGCGCUGCGAGCCCGUCAUCGCCGAGAUAGCCGGCAUAAACCCCAAUGUUAAAGUGACCUUCGUAACCUGCUCGCUCGACGACUUCGACUCCGUGCGGACCGCCGCGGCGCAGAUCAACAGCGAUGAUAACAUCCCGAAAAUCGACGCCGUGGUCAGCAAUGCAGGCGUCAUGGCCGUCAAAGACUACACGCUCGACAAGCAAGGCUACGAGAUGACCCUCUCGUCGAACCACCUCGGCCACUUCCUGCUAACCAACCUCAUCAUGCCGAAGAUCCUAGCCGCGGCCCCUGGCUCGCGCAUCCUUAACGUCUCGAGCAAAGGCCAUCGUAUCUCCAGCUUCCGCUUCGAAGACUACAACUUCAGCGGGGGCGCCGUGUACGACGGCUGGAGCGCAUACGGACAAUCGAAAACGGCGAACAUUCUGUUCUCCGUGGACCUCGCGCGGCGGCUAGCCGGGCGCGGUGUGCGGGCUUACUCCCUGCAUCCGGGCGGUAUUUGGGGCACAGGUCUAACGACGCACUUGGACGAGAGCUCGUGGCCUGAAAUCGAGGUCGUCACGUUGAGGAACACCGGCCAGGUAUUCGGCGGCGUGGAUGAUCCUAAGACGUUGACUGAAGGAACAUCGUCUCUGCUGGCUGCGGCGCUGGAUCCGGAGUUCGACGAUAAGUCCGGGUCGUUUAUCCAGGACUGCCAGAUUGGUAGCCCGCUUGAGCACGCGACGAAUCCAGAGAGUGCGCGUAAGCUGUGGGAGGUCAGCGAGAAGUUGGUUGGACAGAAGUUCGACCUAUAAGAGUCCUCGUAUGAUGGAAUGCUAAAAAUAAAGUACACUUCUGAGAAGUGAGACAGCUUAUUGUUAGUAAAUAAAAAUCUUUAAAUCUUUUAUGCUGUGCCGUAUAACAACACUAAGAUGAUAGGUCUAAAAAAAGCCAAUUGGCGUAAGUCCACCUAAUCCCGUAUUUUCUCGCCAUAUAGAUGAAUAUUCGCGAUGUACAGCAAAAGUCAUGCCUCCCAUAUAUGCCUAAACCUGUGACAUUUAGAUGGGAAAAUAUCAUAAGGAGAUAAACACAUUUCACAUUUUCAGCUCAUAAUAUUGAGAUCCUAUUCACCAGAAGCCCGUACUUGUACUCAUUUCUGAAAAUCUCAAAAUUGCAUAGAUCGCUCGUCUAAUGUCAUUUCGGUAGAGGCAAAGGAAAUUUUUUGCGUGAGCCUGCCAGGUUUUGAUAUAGUACAAAGGCCAGCUCG